AUGGGGCGGUCGUUCAAAGUUUUUAAAGUUCGUGAAUCUCAUCAAAAGCAAGCAGAUAGUAGCGAAAGUCAAUCUGAAGAAACUCAUCGUGAACGUCGUGAACGUCAAAAUCUUGAACGUGACCUACGAGCAGCACGACGAGCUCAACAACUAAGUGCACAAUUACGUGCGAGUGAAGCCAAGAAAGAUGGUGAAGCUAGAAUUGUGUUACGCCGCUCUAGAGUUAAUAAAGGUGAUAACCUCCCCUUGGAGGAGAAACUCAUGGACCGAGAAGAGUUACUGUCAAAGCUCGAAAAUUACAAUGAGAGAUACCGUCAAAGAAACUCUUUCGAGCUGCCUGAACUGGACCCGAAUAUUCUUCAAGUCAAAGACAUGACCAGAGAAGAAGUGAUUCAAGUACUUGCACAAUAUGAGAAGCAGGAAUCGACUAGUUACCGCCCCUACAUGGUGCCGUCAAGGAGUCCAUCCAAAGCAUGCAUGGAUAGUAGAUGCAAACGUUUCGUUGUAAAAAGAAGAAGAUUAAUCAUACGUAAUCCUUGUACCCAGAAAUACCUCGCCACUAGUAUUGCUCUGAAGUUUAUCAUGAACUUGUGCAAGGAUGAUAUAACUUCGGACCUUCGUUUUCUUUAUUACAGCAGACGUGACGUAUUCAAGAGUAUGAUGAGUGUUAGUGCAGUGAUAGACGAUAUCUGCUGCAUGAUUGGCUCGACUAGGUCGAGUCUUCGUGUUACAGCAUGUGAAAAAGGUGUUGUGAUUGGUAACAUCUCUUUUAAGGAAGGAGAAGAUCAACCUGCUCGUAAUGCUAAUGACAGUGGAAAGAAUGGAAUUUAUAUCCCAUCAAUGACAAAGGACGUUACUAUUGAGGCGGAUAGCGAUGCAUUAUUCAUAUUAAUCGUCGAAAAACAUACCGUUUGGAGUCGAUUGGCCGAAGAUGAGUUUCAUAAGAAGUAUCGUUGUAUCAUGAUAACAGCAAAAGGUAUGCCAGAUGUAGACACCAGACGUUGUGUGAACAGAGCGAGUUAUGAGUUGAAAAUUCCUGUGCAUUCACUUAACGACUUCAAUCCAUAUGGAAUGAAGAUUGCUUCUGUUUAUCGUUUCGGGUCAAAGAACAUGGCUUAUGACAGUCAAAACUUAGCCACGCCUGGUGUUAGGUUGUUGGGUAUCUUGCACAAGCACCUGCAGAAGUAUCCACUACGCGCAAAAGUUAAGUUGAAGAUGAGCAGUCAUGAUAGGAAGAGUGCAAAACGUAUGUUGGCCACAGAUCAUCUGGACAAUUUGGAUGAGGAGCUGAAAUACAUGCUUGAGAAGGGUAUCAAGCUAGAACUGGAAGCUUUCGCUUCUUUCAGCGUUCGGUACUGGUCAAGGGUUUAUCUGCACUUAGAGCUCCAAAGUCUAUGCGAAGAAGAAGCUCCAAGCUAG